AGUUCUUACAAGCGUUCUGGUGUGUGUGUGAGAGAGGUUUGUAGUGGGACUGUGUCUUGAUCUUGGGCUACUGCAGUAAAAGCGUGAGGAGGAGGCAUGAGAAGAGAUUGUGCUGCGCUCUGGAAUUCUCCAUAGGCAAGAGGAAUAAUAGCAUUGAUAACACUAGAUUGGAUACCUAGUGCUCUUUCAGUGGGUUACGCACCUUUGGCCUUGAGCUGAAAACUCCUGCAUACACCUGAUUUAGACUGGACUAUGCUGUGUAUUAUGUACAGUCACUGAUCUCUGAGAUGGCCAAGUGGGCCAGACAGGCCCAAACCUCCCCCCUGCAGCGCCGUCUCUACCUACUCCAGGCCCAGCGGCCCACCCUUCACAUCUGAUCUGCCCAGCACUGCUAACACCCAACCUGGGCUUCCCACUCAUCGGGCCACCUGGCUUCACUCCGGGCCCACCAUGGGAGGAUGCCUCUCCAAACCCAAACCAGUAGAGGUCAAAGUUGAGCUCACUCUUUUGGACAAAGAGAAGGAGGUGGACCUGAUGUCUCCAAAUGGAAAGGCCAGCCCAUUUUCAGAAUGCAGACCCAAUGGAUCUCUGGGACACUGUUCGGAUGAGGACAGCAUGACACUGCGGCCACAGCGGAAACACAGAGAUUACAUAGAAGCAUCUGUCUGCCACAUAAAAGACCUUGAGAAUGGACAAAUGCGUGAGGUGGAUUUGGGGGCAGGUCGGGCUCUGCUCAUUAAGGAACAUGGGGAAUUCUUUGCCAUGGGACACAAGUGCCCACAUUAUGGAGCUCCACUGGUUAAAGGUGUGCUAUCAAAAGGGCAUGUGCGAUGUCCAUGGCACGGGGCAUGUUUUAACAUCGCUACGGGGGAUAUUGAGGAUUUUCCUGGACUGGACAGUUUGCCUACCUUCCAGGUCAGAGUCGAAAAGGAGAAGGUGAUAAUAAGAGCAAACAAGCAGGCCCUUCAGACUCAACGGCGAUCAAAGGUUAUGUCAAAAUGCUCUGCCGUCAUCAAUUCCAGCACUGGAUUCAGUCACGUUCUCAUUAUUGGAUCAGGUCCUGCUGGUCUGGUGUGUGCUGAGACUCUGAGGCAGGAGGGCUUCACUGACCGUAUAGUGAUCUGCACCACGGACAAACAUCUGCCUUACGACAGGCCUAAACUGAGUAAGUCUCUAGAGAGCACGGCUGAACAGCUGCAGUUGCGUUCAUCUGAUUUCUUUCAGAUGCAUGACAUAGAGGUAUUACUGGAGAAAGAGGUUGUCUCUGUGGAUGUGAAGACACACACUGUGACAUUUAGGGAUGGUUUUAAAAUGGAAUAUCGGAAACUCUUCAUUGCCACUGGAAGCAGGCCCAAACCUCUGAGUUACAAAGGUAAAGAUGUGGGAAAUGUUUUUCACCUCCGAACGCCAGAGGAUGCCAACAGCAUCGUCACACUCGCCAGCAGUAAGAACGCCGUCAUCAUUGGAACCUCGUUUAUUGGAAUGGAGGUUGCUGCAGCUCUCACAGAUAAAGCUCAUUCAGUGUCUGUGAUCGGCAUAGAGGCUGUGCCGUUCCGGAAAGCCCUCGGAGAGAAAGUCGGGAAAGCUUUGAUGAAGCUGUUUGAGUCCAACAGGGUGAAGUUCUACAUGUUGAACGAGGUGUGGGAGAUGCGAGGGCACAAUGGACAGCUCAAAGAAGUGGUUCUAAAGAGUGGCAAAGUCUUAAGAGCUGACGUCUGCGUUAUUGGCAUAGGUUCAAGUCCAGCCACAGCAUUCCUCAAGCAGAGCGGUGUUCACAUGGACUCUAAAGGAUUCAUCCCAGUCAAUAAGACCAUGCAGACGAACAUUGAUGGGGUCUUUGCUGGUGGUGAUGUGGUCACGUUUCCUCUAGCUCUACGCAGCAAUAAGAAGGUGAACAUACCCCACUGGCAGAUGGCUCAUGUACACGGUAGACUGGCGGCACUUAGCAUCAUGGGAAAAGCCUCAGAUAUAAAAACGGUGCCUUAUUUCUGGACAGCCAUGUUUGGCAAAAGCAUACGAUAUGCAGGUUACGGUGAUGGCUUUGACGAUGUCGUCAUCCAGGGAGAUUUGGAUGAACUGAAAUUCGUGGCGUUCUACACAAAGAGCGAGGAGGUGGUCGCUGUGGCCAGUAUGAACUAUGACCCCAUUGUGUCGCGGGUUGCUGAAGUUUUCGGUUCUGGAAAGACGAUUAGAAAACGUGAUGUAGAGACAGGAGAUAUGUCGUGGCUGAUUGACAAGGGCUCACAGUGAGGAAGAGAGGUCCAUUUUCGGAUGAUCUCUCCUGUCACAGAUGUAGAGUUGCAGUUGCUGGAGCAGGACACUAGAUGGGGGUCAUGCGCCGUCCCAAAAAGCCAGACUCGGACUGAGCCCAGAGCAUCGUCUCGUAAGGUCUGGAUCCUUCCUAGCGCUAACACAGAAGAGCCAUACCUAGUUUUCAGCCCCCCGGGAUCUGGAUAGGACCUCUGCUUUUUUUUGCAUGAAGCAUCAUGCCUGUGUUCACGGGACAGCGGCGGUGGGGAAUGCUCACGGUUUAUUUUCUACAUGCCACUUUGUAUAUAGCUGUUCCCUGAAGAUGCAUUCAACAUCCACAAGACUGCACUUUUCUACCGACACACGCCUGGUUAUGGGAACGCGAGGCGAUCUCGUGGAAAUCUGCUUCUGUAGAUGCAUGAUCUGCGCAUUCAUUUUCUUUCGUGAGACUUUCCAGAAGGAUCUUAAGAAGACAUUGUUAUUCAGGGAAGGUAAUAUAGUCAGCACGGUGUCCAUCCGCUAAUAUUGGCACCCUUGGAAAAUAUGAGCAGACAUGGAAGUGCAAAAAAACCUUCUGCCAUGUUGUCAUUCAGAAUAACUAAACAAAAACAAAACAAAUAACCUCAUUAAAGGAACGUUACACUUUCUAUUAAGUAAACAGGCUCAUUGUCCUCAAAAAUAUUUGAGUUUAAUCAGUUUUGAAUCCAUUUAGCUGACAUCUGGGUUUUGCGGGAGCACUUUUUAGCUUAGCUUAGCAUAAAUCAUUGAAUUGGAUUAGACCAUUAGCAUUUCGUAAAAUUGAUAUAAAUAUAAUUUAAUAAUUUUCUUAUUUAACGCUUUACACCGUGUACUAACCCAGUAGACACGCAACAUCAUAAGACAUUAAUAUAAGGUUAGAUUUAGGUCACCAGCAUCUAAGGACAACGUUAUUUUGACAUCCAAUAACGACCUCAAAUGAUGUUGAUAUUUUGUUGAUUUUAUGGUUUGUUGGAAAGUGAGCAGAAUCCAACGUCAUAUUGACGUCAAAUACUGACAUUUAUUCGUCAGGUAUGGCAACCAAAAUCCAACAUCUGAUAGACAUAUUGGUAAUGUCCACACAACGUCAAGCGGUAACAUAGACGUUGAUAUUUUCAGGGUUUUUACGGCUUUUAUCAAGUAAAAUUUAAGAAGUUUUAAGACCUUUUUAAAACUAUUUUAAGAUCAUAAUGAAUAAAAUUUAGGACUUACACAAGACUUAUAGAUGUUUUUAAUGCCUAAAAGGUUAAAAG